AUGGCUCGUCGGUGUGGUUCGUCUGCGCGUGCAGGUCGCUCGAGGAAUACACAUAGUCCUCAGGUUUGUGCGAAGCAGUCUGAAGUUUCUAAAGUUGAACUUUUACCCGAGCAAGAGGAACGCACGUUCGCUCGUCCAAACGCUAUCAGCCCCCACCUCAUUUGUGUUAUAUGCUCCGAGGUUUUCAAAAAACCAUACCGGGCGCCCUGUGGUCACAGCUACUGUUAUGGGUGCAUUUCAAAGUGGCUGAAGACUGCAAAGCACUGUCCAGUUGACCGGAAACCUUUAAAUCUGUCUAAAAUGCACCACGAUUUUAUACUCGAAAGCAUAAUUGGUGACUACACGGUGGCUUGUCCGUGGCGUUCCUCAGGUUGCAGCUACAUCGGUCCACUGUGCCAGCUGGACAGUCAUAAGAAGGAGUGUGUAAUGAAUCCUGACCAUCUGCCAGAGGCGCUUCGAAUUCGUGAGAAGGAAAACAUCAAGUCGCAACGCUGCACCGGUGGUGUCUCCUCACUAACCAAUCUUGCUUCUCUGACACCCACAGAGACUGCCGCUUCAAAUGUGGAGGCCUUUUUGGAGGUUACGAGCGGAGAAGAGGAGACAGAUGAGGAGGAAGACGUUUAUCUACCCCCAGCGCCUCCUCCUAGCCUUCUGAUGCGUCUUUUCCAAAAAUCAGACUCCGAUAGUCGUGAUCUUCUCUGCUCCUUCCUUGCUGAACCUGCCACUGGUGCGAAACGGCCAGCACAACCACGAACGACCGCGGGUAGCAAGCGCUCGCGAAAGGCUUUUUAA